CUCCUCUCCGUGUUUGAGGGGGGGGGGGGGGUUGAACACAGGAUUCUCUCUGCUUUCCUCUCAGUCGGCAAUCAGCAACGGACACACACACACACACACACACACACACAGACGCAGCAGCUAUGAGCGCAGGCGAUGUGGUGUGCACAGGAUGGCUCAUAAAAUCCCCUCCGGAGAAGAAGCUAAAGAGAUUUUCAUGGCGAAAGCGAUGGUUUGUUUUGCGGAGGGGUCGGAUGAGCGGGGAUCCUGACGUUUUGGAAUAUUACCGUAGCAAAAGCUCCCGGAAACCAAUCAGAACCAUCGACCUGCAGGAAUGCGAGGUCACCAUCGAGGCAGAGGUGCGGCCCACUAAACGCCAGUAUCAGAACCAGCACCUGUUUGUGGUCAAGACAGCCACACGUAUCUUUUACCUGCUGGCCAAAACGGCAGAAGAGAUGAACAUCUGGGUACAGAGCAUUGGACAGAUUUGUACAUUUGGAGGACUGAACAGAAAUUCAGAAUCAAUGGACAGUCUUAAUCUCACUCCCUCUUCCCAGCAGCCCUCUCCAGCACUAUCUCCUCAUGUUUCUCUCGUGGCCAAUCAAGACACAGUUACCAUCGAAAACCACGAUGUCCUAGACAGGCCCAGCGAAUCAGAGAUCAGCCCUCCACUUGACUACCUCUUCCUCUCUCAGUGUGAAACUGGCACAAAGAACAUCAUCAGGUGUGACAGUAUCUCUAACUCUGAACGCUCCUUUGAGCAGAGCUCGUCUGAGUACACAGAGGAUGUGUUUAGCCCCACCCCACGCAUUGACUCCUCCCCCUCCCCUUUCCUUGUGGCUGGGGUGCCCGAGCCCCCAUUCAGCGCCCCCUGUGGCCCACUCUCUCUAUCCUCCUCCCUUUCGUCCAGCCUCUCAUCUCCCAUCUCUCUACGCCGUCCAUCAGACAUUUUCAGAUUCGACAGGCCCUUCUACGGAACAUCAGACCCACAGACGCCUCCUCCCCUCCCGCCCAAACCCACACACCUGUCCGAUCACAGUAGUAAUGACGAGACCGGCCAUAAUCAGAUGCAACCUGUUCUCCUCCCUCGCAGGACGUCACUUUCAGAAAUAGACCACUUUAGGAGAGGAGAGUUUGACAAUGCCGGAAGAAACUGGAACAAACGUCUAAGCCUCAACCUGCCAAUAUUUCUGAAUAGCACAGUAACUGAAAACCACUCUGAGGAUUCAUAUGUGCCCAUGGCCUCCCCACCGAUCGGCUGCUCUGAUGUGACUUCAGAUGGCUACAUACCCAUGAGCCCCUCCACCCUGCCCAUCUCCCCACUCACCAACGGCAAACCAGAGCUGCCUUCGCCUUCCAAUCCUGACCUUGAGCCUCCUCCAGUCAACCGCAACCUUAAACCAAGAAGACGGGCUCGACCGCCACCUCUAGACCUACGAGGUCUGUCCACAAUUUCUGAAUGUCCAUUUCACGCUCCCCUCGCACGCACCAUGACAGAACCCUGCGCAUCACUUCAGUUUGCUCCUUUGGACAGGCGGCGGGGAUGGGGCAUAAACGGCUUCGAACAGGAAGGGAGCAUCACGCCAACGGAUUCUCGGCAGAUGUUCCCAGCUUGUGAUUCUGCCCCCUGGAUGAGGCGUUCUCAGCUGGAUUACUUGUCACUUGACUUCAACUCGGCCUCCCCCUCACCUGUCCAGAAGAAACCGCUGCUGGCAGACGAGUACAGGGUCGAUUAUGUGCAGGUAGAUGAGAAGAAAACACAGGCUUUACAAAGCACCAAGAUGGAGUGGAAGGACGUCCGUCAGUCAAAAUCCUGAAGCCCUUGGGUGGGGUGGGGGGAGGGGGGUUAAAUUAUUACAUGGUUCAAAACUUGACUUGUUUUCAUCUUCUACAAUUUCAGGUACAUGUUGUUGUUGUUUUUUUACAUUGCUAUGAAAGGAGGCAGUACAGAGCCGGACUGGAAACCUUCAGAAAUUAAAUGACAGUUUAUUCAGGAAAUUAUUCCAGAAUAAAAGACUUCCGACACAAUGAUUCAAGAAUAAAGCUUUGUUUUGUAGUUCUUAUACCAGGAAGAGAAUUAGCAUUUCCUAUGCAUUUUUUAGAAUAUUGGUUUUUGGUUUAUGAGUAAAGGAAAAUGUGAGGUUGACCUCAAUUUGCUAUACAACAUAGAUUAUACACAGUCAUACCUCAAAUGUGAAUAAUGUAUUUUUUUUAAGUUGCUAACAAAGUGAUAAUAAGGGAGUACUUAAUAAGUACAAAAGAAGAAUGUGAAUGCUCAGUCCCAAGUUGUGGUAACUUGUUAGCUGCAUAAACUAGUUUUCAAAAGUUUGGGGUUGGUAAGACUUUUUAAUCAUUUUGAAAGAAAACUCAUCUGCACAACAAGGCUACAUUUGAUCAUUUGAAAAACACAGAGCAAAAACAAAUAUUGAAAAAUAUGAUUUCAAUUUAAUUCUAUUUGAAUAUAUUUUAAAAUGUGUGUCAUGAUCCUUUAGAAAUCAGAAUUUUCAAGAUUGUUUGAUGAAUAGAAAGUGUAAAAGAACAGCAUUUAUUUGAAAUAGAAUCUUUUGUAACAUUAUGUCCUUACUUCUGGGGAAUUCAAUAUAUAUUUGCUGAAUAAAAGUAUUAAAUUAUUUCCCUAAAAAUCUUACUCACCCCUAACUUUUGAACCGUAGUGUAUUUUGUUGAAAUUCUUUUCAAAUAAAUGUUUACCACAGACUAGGAACUGACAUCAUGACUGAACAGCUCUAUUAAAAGUAGUUCUAAACCUGAAUGAGUAAUGAAAUCCAAACAAUGCGAACAGCAUGAAUUUCAUCUGAAAACAUUUGUCACCAAAGCUUAAACUCUGUACAGAAUAGGGAUUUGUUUACCAGAGCACAACUUUUUACAACAGAAAUUAUUCAAAUAAUUAAUAUUAAUCAUUUACUUAACUUGGAAAAUGUACAGAGUGACUUUUUUGUUGCACUUCCUUUGGAAUGUUAUUAUGAAUAUGUUACAUAUUUAUGACAUGUACAAUCACUGAAGAGUGCAACAGAAAAUGAUGACAUCACUGAAUGCGUUUAUUGCACUGGUUUAAAAACACCUUCGAGACCAUGUUUAUACUACAAUAUGUUUCAUGAGAGUCAGACCACUGUAAAAUACUAGAACCACACACUGUGAUUGAAUGCUGGAACAAAACAAUGAAGGAACUGAACAUUUUGUAGAAGGGAUUUUGUUAGGAUUGAAAAUCGAGUGAAUAUUGAAUGUUGAAUAUGUUAGACUACUGUCAAAUUAUGAACCUAAUAGGGUUAUGAAGGUUUGUCAACAUUUAUUGGAAUGUAUUUUUCCCAUCGACCUUUCACGAUUAUGAGGCAUUACGAAUGUAUUUCUGUCAUGGGUUGUGGAAUUUUAGUGCCAUGUCAUGCUGUGCUUAUGACACUCUUCUUUCAUGGUGGUCAGAUUUUGCUGUACUGACGAGAGCACAAAAAUCUCAUUGAAAACUAUCACUGUGACAUCAACAGUUUCCCGCCAAUCCUGAUAUUCUUCAGUGUAUGCUUUAUGUCUCAUGAAGAAAUGUAAUAUAUGAGUGAGAGAGAGAAAGAGUGAGUGAGUGAAAGAGAGAGAGAAGAGUGUGUGUGUUUUGCUGAAAUUUAGAGACCUUACUAACCUGUGUGAAUCAAUGGAUGUUUAUCCAUCAGCAGGUAAAUUAUUGUGAUGCAUAUUGAACACAAUAAAAUCACUUUAAAACAAUUCAGCUCAAUAAACUGAAAGCAAAAAAAAAAAAAAACGUAUAGAC